GUUUUUUUUUUGUGCGUAGUUUUGAGUUUUUAUUUGUAUUUAACAGAAAAAAUAUGGAAGAAGAUAUUUUAGGAGAUACAGUAGCUGUAGGCGAUGCUAAUGAAGGUAGCAGAAUAAGAAAAAGAGCUGAGAAAGAGCAAAGAGGAAAACGUGGAAAGUACCAAGAUCCAGAUCCAGACUUAAAGAAUUUUAGUCGACCUUGUUCACAUAAUAAUAAAACCUAUCAAUGCCAAAAAGUCAAAAUAUCGGACAUUAAAACUAUUAGAAGAAGGCUGUAUGAAGUUUCAGAUAAAAACGUACAAGAUAUGAAACUUUGUCAUAUGAUAAGCGUUUCCGGUACCGUAAGGAAGAGACCUGUAAAAGAUAGUCCUCGACAAAGAACAAGGGCAGCAAAUUUCUUUUUAAAAAUUAAAAAUGAAAGAUUAACCGCGGACCGAGUGUUUGGGCGCAUGGAAAAAAUUUUUAGAAAAAAACCAACCAUUAUAUCUAAAGAAGAAUACAUUGGUUAUUAUUCACAAGUUGGAAGUGUGAAGGUCUUAGGACAAGAUUGGCAAAUUUUUAAUAUAAAGGAAUUACAAAAUUAUUUUAAUAAGAUUUCUGGAAUAUCGGACUUAAAACGAAUCUCUCUUAAAAAGACCCGCAAUCAAAAAACGGGAGAAAUAAAAAUAUCAAUGGCAUGCUUCCAACACUACCGAUAUGAAGCCCAAUCCGAAGUUAGCAAAUCUGUUUAUAAAAGAGGAAAGACUUUAAGUAACUUUUUGCUAUCAGAGGUUCAGCUUCGAGAUUCAAUUCCGCAAAAAAAGAUCCAAAGUGUAAGGCAGCUUAUGGAAAAACAAUUUGGAAAGGAGUGGGAAACUGACCCAAAUUUUGAAUGGUACAGAAAACUGUUGGGUAAAGAUCGAGGUAGAAAUAAUGAAGAAAUAGGUCACGAAGAGGAUGAUAUGAGAAUGGAAUGCGACUGCUUGGAGGAGGAAACUGCACUUCAUAUUUAA